AAACAAGCAAAACAAAACAAAACAAAAAACCCCACACUAAAACAAAAGAAAUAUAUGGGGAAAUAGCUAUGAAAUAGGAUGCCAGGGAAUCAUUUCAAAGUAACCCAUUAGAUUGGGAAGGGAACCAAAGAAAUAAGACAGGCCAGAAGUUGGUAACUGAUGAGACUGGGCACCUAAAGAUUGAUUUUACUGUUCUCUCCACCAUUAUAUCUGUUUGGAAGUUUUCAUAAAGGGGGAAAAAGAAAAAGAAAAAGAAAAAGAAAACCUCUGGGGAGUAUUCUCAGAAAAGAGGGGAGUGUCACUUCCUUUGAGAGGUUAUCCAUCCAGAGCCACUGACCCCCACCCCUUGGCUCUCAGAUGAGGGACAUGAAUUAUUAAGGGGAAUUUGAGAGACUCAGAAGCCAUUGAGCCUGGAGAGGUGGUGAACACGAAGGCUGCCAUGGACCAGGCUGCUCUGUGUCCUCAAGGGGCUCAUGCGGUUUCUCCCAUGCCGCCUACCAAACUGAUCGUGGUGGUAGAAGUGGAGCCAGGUUGGAGAUCAGGCCCAGAGGAGACCCAUGGUCCCACACUUCUUCUGGAGGGGCCCAAGAACAUUCGUCUACUUCAUCCAGGAACGCUGGAGCCUCAGGAACAAUGUUUCACCUUUGACAGAGUCCUGGGGCCUGAUGCCGCUCAGGAAGCAGAGCAGGAGCUGUUGGCCCAAGUCCAGCCUCUACUGGCCUCAGUGGGCAGAGGGUACAAUGUAGCCUUGAUGCUCCAGGGCUGCGAAACAGAGGCACCCCGGUUUGUGCCUCAGCUGCUGCGGAUGCUGUUUGAGGAAGCCCUGCCCUUCUGCUGUUCUGACCAUGUAUUUAGUACUCUUAGCUUGGUACAGAUCAGUCCCAGUGGGCAGACCCAGGACCUGCUCUCCCCAGGAUGGGAGGAACUGCCAGUCCUGGAUGUGGCCCCUGUCGGCUUGGUGGUGGAAAAUGCCAGUGAAAUUGAGGUGUCUGACUCACAAGCUGCCUCUGAGCUGUACUUGCAGGCUGCAGGGAGUGAAGGCAGGACCUGCUCUCUGCUUACUCUCACCAUGUCCUGCCCUGGGCCCAACCCUCCUGAGAGGUCUGAGACCCAGCGAGUGUGGCGAGGUACCUUGAGAAUCCUGCAGCUUCCAAGAGCCUUCAGAAACUGCCCCCUGUUGCAAGUUUUGGCUGGUGAGGCUGCUGGUCAGGAGGAAGAGGGCUCUUUGGCCUGGAUCAUCUCAUGGCUCCUAGAAGGAAACAACUACACUAGUUUACUUCUUCGCCUGAACCCCCAAGGUUGCUCCCUGAGUUUGCUCCAGGCUGCUCUGUUGGGGGCCUCAGGAAGAAGGAUGCAGGUGAAACAGGUGAGGCCCACUCUGUGGGAUGCAACAGAGGAGACCCGGGCCCGCCAGGCCAACCUUAAGACCCUGCGUUUAGACCUCCUCGGAGACACCUUGACAGAUGGUGGGCUUAAUCGACUAGGCAGGGCACUUUGGGAGCUACAGGUGAUAAAAGCCAGGAGCCUAAGAAGCCAGACACCCAAAAGGGCCAGAAAUGGGGCUAUGAGGCUCCCAGAACCACAGGUUAAAGGCAAGCUGCUGAAGUCUUGUGAGCAGAGAAGACAUUUCUCCCACUUGUCAGAGUCAGGAAUAGGACUUCUAGGACCUAGGCUCCAUCAAAAGCAUCCUUUCAGGGACUCUGAGGAACAGUUCCAUCAGACCCCAGAUGUGGCUCUGCAGUUCUUUCUGGCCCAGGCCCGUAGGCAAAAAUUGAGAGAGCAACACCAAAUUUGGAUCCAAGAAGAGCUGAAGCAUUUGCAGCAGCAAGAGGACGUGGCAGGUGAACAGAUCAAAAGCCUGGUGACUGAAGAGGUUUGUGAGCAGAGACAGAGACAGUGCAAGGAGAAGACAGUGCUAAGACUCCAGGUGGAGGUCCUGCAAGCAGAGCGGGACACAGCAGAGCAGGAUCUGGUGGCCCUCUAUGACCUGUAUGUGCAGGCCACCCAAGCCCGGACAUGUCACUUGCUGCAGGUAUUCCAAGCCUGGCAGGAACUGUGGGAGGAGAAGGCCCUGGCCACAGAGCACCAUAACCGCAGUCUGCUGGCUAGAAUCCUCCAAGACACCAUUGAUCUGGCUUUGAAGAACCAGGAGCUCCAGGCCCAGAACCAGCAGCUUGAACAGACUGCAGGCAGGGGCAGUCAAACUGGAUUCCUGAGCAGGAGAGGAACGUGAUCAAGAAUGCUCUGGGGCCAAUUUCCUUCCUCAUUCAUGAGGACCCCAGAAGGAAGAGGAAGGUGGGACAAGCAAGCUGGUCCUCUUUACAGAUAAUUACCACCACUUCUAACCCUGUCGUCUUGUGCCACUCCCUAAUGUGACGUGCCUAACAUCUAUCAUUUCAUUUUGCUUUUUCUGUUCCCCUUAUGCAUGCCAUUUGACCCUAAAAUCAGAGAUAACCUCCCCAAAGAAGUGCCCAAGGACAGUCAAGUGGCAGAACCAGGAUUUAAAUUCCAGUCUGGCCACAACUGUACACAACAGUCAUGGCUCACAGCUUCAGUAGUGUCAGAUCACUAUCAUCUAGGAAGCCCAAGAAUAUAGGUCCCCAAACCUCACCAUGAAAGCAGAGCCUGAUAUUCCUCUGGUCAUGAUUUCAAAGGACUGAUGACCAUAGAAAUUGGCAGUGACAGAACCAGGGAAAAUAAUCUCACCAUAGGUGGCUGGUUGUGAUGUCUCACACUCACAAACAGCACUCCAGAGCCUGAGGUCAGCCUGGGCUAUCAUGAGACCCUGCCUCAAAAACCAUUUGUGGGGGCUGGAAAGAUGGCUCAGUAGUUAAGAGAGCUGCCUGCUUUAGCAGGGGACCGUUUUGAUUCCCGUAUGAUGGCUGGUAACUUUCCAGAACUCC